AUGCCCCGCUCCUGCCAGCGACUUGUCGGUGGUCUUGCAACUCGUCUGAGCAACCGCGACAGAGUCCAGGUGCGUCAUACAAAGCACUCAUUUUUCCUUCCACUCCCUUCUCGUCUCCUUACAUUCAUCUUUGGACCAGUCACUCCGUUUUCCUUCAGCAAUCACCGCACAAUUAGCUUUUACCUGUCUACCGAUAUCACAAUGGGCAUCCUCGAUGAGCUUAACCUCCCCGCCGGAGUCAUCUACGGCGACCAUGUUCUCCAGCUUUUCCAGCACGCCCGCAAGGUCGGGUUUGCGAUUCCUGCCGUGAACGUCACCUCGAGCUCGACUGUUGUCGCCGCCCUUGAGGCUGCCCGUGACUCCAAGGCUCCCAUCAUCCUCCAGACAUCGCAAGGUGGAGCCGCCUACUUCGCUGGAAAGGGCAUCAAGGACAGCUCUGAGAAGCGUGAGGCCUCCGUUGCUGGCGCGAUAGCUGCCGCCCACUACAUCCGUGCCAUCGCCCCUUCGUACGGCAUCCCCGUGGUGCUCCACACCGAUCACUGCGCGAAGAAGCUCCUUCCAUGGUUCGAUGGCAUGCUCGAGGAGGACGAGAAGUUCUUCAAGAAGAACGGCACGCCCCUUUUCAGCAGUCACAUGCUUGAUCUCUCGGAGGAAUCCGUCGAAGAGAACAUUGAGACUUGCGUCCGUUACCUGAAGCGCAUGGCUCCUCUUAAGCAGUGGCUCGAGAUGGAGAUUGGUAUCACUGGCGGCGAGGAGGACGGUGUCGAUAACUCUGGUGUUGACAACUCCGCUUUGUACACACAGCCCGAGGACAUCUUGCAGAUCUACAACGCCUUCAAGGACAUCUCACCGUAUUUCAGCAUUGCUGCUGGCUUCGGCAAUGUUCACGGCGUCUACGCCCCUGGAAAUGUCAAGCUUCACCCUGAGUUGUUGGGCAAGCACCAGGCCUAUGUCAAGGAGCAGCUGAAGUUCUCCGAGGACAAGCCCGUCUUCUUUGUCUUCCAUGGCGGAUCUGGUUCUUCCUUGUCCGACUACCACACUGCGAUCAGCCAUGGUGUCGUCAAGGUGAACGUAGACACUGACUUGCAGUGGGCUUACCUGACGGGCAUCAGAGAUUAUGUCACCAACAACAUUGACUAUCUCAAGACCCAAGUUGGAAACCCCGAAGGCGGGAACAAGCCCAACAAGAAGAAGUACGACCCUCGUGUCUGGGUCAGAGAGGGUGAGAAGACCAUGAAGGCCAAAGUUGAGGACUGCCUCAAGGCGUUCAAGACUGCCGGCACCUUGUAA